AUGGCGGUGUGCGCUCGGCUAUGCGGCGUGGGCCCGGCCCGCGGCUGCCGCCGGCGGGGAGCGGCGAGGGAGCAGCGGCGCGGUGGGGCCGGGGACAGCGAACCGGACACCGACACCGACCCCGAGGAGGCAGGCGGCGGUGGAUCCGAGGAGGACGACGAGGCGGCGGAGCGCAUUGAGGGCGGGCGGCCGCUGCCGCACCCCGCCGAGCCCGGCCCGGCCGGGCGGGCCCCGCUGUCCAUCCUGGAGCUGCCCCCUGAGCUCCUGGUGCAGAUCUUCGGCUCCCUGCCCGGUACCGACCUGCCCAGCCUGGCCCGUGUCUGCACCACGUUCCGCCGCAUCCUCCGCACUGACACGAUCUGGCGGCGGCGCUGCCGUGAAGAAUACGGGGUCUGUGAAAACCUGCGGAAGUUGGAGAUCACAGGAGUGUCCUGUCGAGAUGUUUAUGCCAAGCGUAUAAACCCAAGAGUGAAGUCGGGGCGUUUUAUGAAAAUCCUUCCCGACUACGAGCACAUGGAGUACAGAGAUGUUUACACCUGCCUGCUGCACCGAUACCGACACAUCCUGGGCUUAUGGCAGCCGGACAUCGGGCCCUAUGGGGGACUGCUGAACGUGGUGGUAGAUGGUUUGUUCAUCAUUGGGUGGAUGUACUUGCCACCUCAUGACCCUCAUGUUGAUGAUCCAAUGAGGUUCAAACCUCUCUUCAGGAUUCAUCUCAUGGAGAGGAAGGCUGCAACGGUUGAGUGUAUGUAUGGUCAUAAGGGACCUCAUAAUGGCCAUAUCCAGAUUGUAAAGAAGGAUGAGUUCUCCACGAAAUGCAACCAGACAGACCACCAUCGGAUGUCAGGGGGAAGACAAGAGGAAUUCCGGACCUGGCUACGGGAAGAGUGGGGUCGAACUCUGGAAGACAUCUUCCAUGAACACAUGCAAGAGCUCAUUUUAAUGAAGUUCAUCUACACCAGCCAAUAUGACAACUGCCUGACAUACCGACGCAUCUACCUCCCUCCUAGUAGCCCUGAUGACCUUAUAAAGCCAGGUCUCUUCAAAGGAACCUAUGGGAGCCACGGGCUGGAGAUUGUCAUGUUGAGCUUUCAUGGGAAGAAAGCAAAGGGGACUAAAAUCACUGGAGAUCCCAACAUCCCAGCAGGACAGCAGACUGUGGAGAUUGACCUGGCACAUCCUCUGCACCUGCCUGACAUUGAGAACCUCCGUGACUUCAGUGAGCUCUCUCGCAUUGUCCUGGAGGUCCAGGAGCAGGUGCGUCGGGAAGAGCAGGAACAGGAACACCGGCAGGAGGAAGAGGACUCCUCCCAGCCUGCUGCAAAGCCCUUGGGAGAAGAAGGUGCUGAGGGGGAGAACACCGCAGCAGGAGCGGAAGGGUCAACCCAGGACAAGGCUCCAGCUUCCCAGCCCUUCGUGCUGCCCAUAGGAGUCAUAUCAAGGAAUGAAGACUACCCCCGGACCUGCCGAAUUUGUUAUUAUGGAACGGGGCUUAUUGCUGGCCACGGCUUCACCAGCCCCGAGAGAACACCAGGUGUGUUUGUUCUCUUCGAUGACGACCGCUUCGGAUUCAUCUGGCUGGAGCUCAAGUCCUUCAGUCUCUACAGCCGGAUCAAGGUGGCCUUCCAGAAUGCUGAAGCACCUUCCCGUGAGGCUUUUGAUGAAAUGCUGAAGAACAUUCAGUCACUGGCUACUUGACGGGUAGUGAUGGACAGGGCUAGGGGUUGCAAAGGCUGCUGCACUCCCCCAGCCAGAGCUUAGAUGGGGAUUCCUUGCUCUUGGUACCUCUGAAGAAAAGCAUGCACUUUUAAUAAAGCCUUUUAACCCCAAAUGUACACAUCCCGGUUAAAAUAUCCAUGACUGUCCUUUCCUCCCUGCCACUCCACACUGCUCCCUAGCAGUUCUUGUUACCCAGUCUGUAACAUAGCUUUGUAUAGCUGAAGGGAUCCUGCAGAGGAGGAAACAGACCUUUCUUAUUGCAGAAAAAGAAUGUAUUGGAACAAAAGUAACUCGAGGUCAGAGUUGGAUCAGAACAACAUCUAAUUGACAGGAUGGACACAAGCCCUCUGCUCUGACCAUUAGCAGUCUCCUGUGGAAAGAGGUCUUCUGCAAGGAGGGGGCUCAUUUAAAGCCUUUGCUACACUGUAGGAUGAUCUGUCCUCCUGGGAGACUUGCUUUACUGUCCUGAAAAGCUGUGUAGUCCCCAUCUGCAAACUGAGUGGCUGCUUAA